AUGGCAUCUGGGCCUCCCAACCCAGAAACGGCACCCACAGCCCCUGAACCUGCCGAUCCAGAUACGCCACCCACGCCGUGGGCGGCGAGGUUCGGAAUCUCGGAACGAUAUCCAUUUAGAGCCAGUCAUUCAUCUGGAUUGCAUUCUCGGUUUCCAGAGAUCGAUAUAGACAACUACGGAGCUCUUACUGCCGACGAAACCCCGUUACCAGAGCCUGGCGAUGAGGAGAUUGACCUCCUGUUCCAGGAGGAAUAUCAUCAGAGAGCACAAAUCGGGGGGUUUCAUACUUCUGAGGCCGCUGUCUUCAAUUCAGAUGCCUCUCUCAGAGAUUGCGAUUUUUCAAUCGACGAAGAUAACUGGGAGCCCGCGUUCUGCAAGGAAAGAUGGUAUAAUCUCAAUGAGCCCAUCCUGCAAGGGUUUGCUGGGCAGUCGCUCUAUCCCGAGCUUUCAGACGGAGCGACCUUCAAUGUCGAUAAUCCGGUUUUGUGGAAUGUGCUGAGACCCUGCCUCGAGCUAGCCAAUCGCCUAUUCAAGGCAUCAGCUCGCCAUCCCUUGUACUCUGCUCUUCUGUCUAUCAACAGAGAAACAAAUCGUUGGUUCGGGCAAACGCCUUACAAUAUCAGUGGCAAUCCGAUGUUGGCUAGAGAUCCAGCCAACUUUGAUCCCGAUGGUGUACUGCGCACGUUCAAGAAUUAUGCUGCAAAAAUAAUUAUUUCCUUCAUUCCUCCAAGCGCUACGGGGAGGACUGCCAAAGUGUUUGGUGUUACAAGGCCAAUGACCGACGAGACCGGUAGACACCCUCCGAGCCCGGUGAACACACAUUAUGUGCUGAUAUUGAUUAAUCCUGCAUGCUAUGUGGAUGGUGCACAACAGAUUUGUAUUGUCUGCCACUGGACCACGCUUGGGACAGGAACCUGCGUACCUCAAUGGGUCAACGAGAUUGGCUUUGCUUGGGAAACAGCAAUAUUCGGGGGGAGGGUCUUCGGUGACCCUCCCCCAUCAAUGCCACUCACCCGUCAGCGAUGGAACCAAAGGCUUUUGCUCUUCUCAUUCGAAGAGUUCCCCAACUACGCAAUUUUGAAGACCACUAGCGGGGUUAAUGAACGGUUGCAUCGGGAUCAAAGGUGGCGUCAAUUCAUUAUCCCCCUCUCCCUUUGGUAUUAUACCGUGCACAGUCGGUCUUUACUCCGGAGCGGUAUACUGGAGUUUAGAGCUGCGCACGUACAACGCGACGAGCUCGAAGCUGAGAAGCUCCUCAGAAACUUCACAUGUAUCAGAAACGAUGCCUGGUGGGAUAAGACGACGUUACUGGAGUUGGAUCCCGUGGAUUGGUUUGUUGACGCCGUUGCGUUCCUAAUGUGGGCCGUUAUGCCCAGACGUGAUGAAAUUGAUAGGACCGAAACUUUCAACAUCCAGCAGAGCAAUUGGGAACCAAGCGCGUCUGCUCGUCAGUUUGCAGACACAAGUGAAUCUGGAUUGGGGGGUUCGCCCUACGCAAUCGACGCCACUGGCCGCUACGCAUCCGAGAAGACGACUAUAAAUAGACGCCAUGUCCCAGUGAGAGCGGGCGAUAAAUUUGGUGAUCGAGACACCCUAUUGGAAGAGUUGAGAAUCAGGGUCACCGAGCGCUUAAAGCAAUCUACAGUACCACGUGACAUCGAGCAGGCCUUCUUGGUUGCACUCGACCAGGCUGAGGCCGAUUCCAAGGUGACGGACCAGUAUGAAUGGUUGCCCAGUUUCAACCUGGGGAUAAGAGGCUGGAUCAGGCCGUCAAAUCAGAGUCAUGUCGGGACGACGCCCUCUGGGCCAGCAACGAAUUACAAUGGGCCAGCACCACAGCAGUACAUGGGUAAUGUGCCGCAGGCACCAAACCAAGGAGGUCAACCUCCUUCUAAUACCAUGCAGGGUCUCAGCCUAGGAGGGGCUUCAGCCCCGGCAGGUCAACCAGAUCGUACCAGAUAUCACACAAUAGGCGAGGUUGGAAACCACCAAAUUCGCACGGACUUGUGGGCACUCGUCGAUGAUGGGAGCCAAGGUUUUGACAUCUACGAUGUUACGGAUGCUGUUGAAGCGAGAAGAACUGCCAGCUUGGCGAACACAUUCAACAUCACAUCUAUCAUUCAGAAGACUCUUCUUGGACUCAAAGCCCUACCCGAAUUUCAGCGGCAGCUCAGGGAAUCACAUCAGCCACUUGGAAAAUUGAUACGGCCGUUCAGGCAGGAGGAUAUCGCAGAGCGGCACGGGGGGACUGGGCGACCUUUGUGGAUUGUCAUCGGUAAAGACGUUUUUGAUAUUACAAACUUCCCUUUCAGAAGCCAUACUCAGCGGGAACUACUCAGGUCUCAGCCAGGUAGAAAUCCUAUGCAGGCGAUUAUCGCAAACGGAACCAUCGACCCGUACCAGUUAAUAGAAGAUCUUCGACCGCAUAGGUGCGCUAUAUUGGCUGAGCCUAGGCCCGGUGAUGGUCCGGACGCUUUCCACGAGAGCAUCUACACGACGAAGGAAGUUGCCUGGCAUACUUAUCGAGAGGUUGGAAUGUAUACCAUAAUCAGAGACAAAGUCUACGAUCUGACUGAUUUCGUGGAAUCUCAUCCCGGUGGUACAACACUAUUGAAGCAAUGGGCUGGCAAAGAUUCGACAGCAGAAUUUCUCCGGUACCAUGGCAAUGCCGAUCAGUGUCUGACGGACUACGAUUUCCUUAGAAUCGGCCGUGUGGUACGCGAGAGCCGUAUGCCCGCUGCUAAUGACCAGGUCGUAAUACAUGGCCUGGUGUACGACCUAGGGCCUAUCAACAGGAUGAUGGUAUCUGGCUGGCGGGAGAUGCGAGAGGCAACUAGAUCGCUCGGUGGGACAGACGCGUCCCAGAGAAUGAGAGUGGAUAUUGUGGUUGAUCCGUCGGCGGGCCUGAAGAAAGUAGUAUCCAAGAGGGAGCUCAUCGUUGCCAAGAUGAUACCUCCUUUACCUGAAAUCACUCCUGAAGAGCUGGCUCUUCAUGACGGGUCGAUUAUCAACAUUCCGGAAAGGUAUGACAUCUCCAUUCGGGGAUGGUCACCUCCGCUUCGGAGACCUGUCUGGGUUGCUUACGGACGAGACGUCUAUGAUGUUACCACCCUCAAGAUGUACGGGGAUCAAGGCCUACAAGACCACAUCGAGAGAUACAAGGCACAGGUAGUCCCAAAUGGACCAUUUUCCACGCAGCUUGAACAGGAUUUCUCUCACCGAGUAGUUGGCAUAUUGGUACAAAGCAAGAGGUCGACAGGGGAUGUCGUUGACAGUGGCAACGGUGGGCAAGACGAAGGUGGGCCAUCAAUCAAGCGUAGGGCUAUCGGGUCCUAA